UGGUUAAGAAACCGUGAAUUAAACAUAAUUUCCCAACACAAUGCAACAACGGGCAGAAAAUAAUCAAAAACUGAUCAGAGAUCAGCCAUCCGUUGUUGGAGAACCUCGCGCAUGCGCGGAGGGGCCGGAGGGCUCGGAGUUGCUGUCAUGGCCGCUUUCGGGGUGGUGUUGUUUUGGAAUGCUACUACUUUAUGGGAACUAUUCAACAUAUCUGCCAUGAAGCCUCAUCUAUGUUCGUGUCGAGAUAUAUUUGCACCUUUGCGGAAUCGGCACACGUAAAAUGAUUAUGUUUUGAUGAUUUAAGGAAGCGUAAUUUUGCAAGGAUAGCGGCUAACAGUGAGGUGCUAGGCUAACAGGCUAGCUGUUUACCUUUGUGUGAAAUGGAAAGUGAGUUGCUGUCGUAGUUAUUUUUAACUGAAGCUGUAGUAUAUCUCGCUCUUUGGAGAAAUUAGUUGCUUUCCCCAUCAGAAAUAUUAAUGUCUAACCAUGUAGCAGUUGCGUACAGUUAUUGAAAGAACAACAGUUGUUGAAUUCAGGAUGAAUGAGAUGAACCUGAGUCCUGUGGGCAUGGACCAGCUCAGCGUGCCCUCAGUGAGUUCCGGCCACCUGGGCCUGCCCACCUCCCCCACACACAAUCCAAUUGCCACUCCAGGCAUGCCAGUAGCCAUCCCCAGUCUGGGCCCUUCCCUCGGCUCCCUUCCUUCUGCUUUGUCUCUGAUGCUCCCCAUGGGUCCGCUGAGCGACAGAGGAGUGAUGUGUGGCCUCCCGGAAAGGAAUUACUCCUUACCGCCUCCUCCAUACCCCCAUCUAGAGAGCAGCUACUUUCGCCACAUUCUGCCUGGUAUCUUAUCCUAUCUGGCUGACCGUCCACCCCCUCAGUACAUUCAUCCCAGCAGCCUCAACAUGGACGGGACCCUGUCCGUGGCCAGCAACAACCCCUCAGGGCUGGACCCGUACAGUGGCCCCGGGGGCCCGCUGGAGCAGGGUUUGGUGCCCAUAGACUCACGACAGGUCAGUGGGCAGGGAGACCUCCACCAGGCCGGCCCCCACGAGCUGGACUCGACCGGAUUAGCCAUGGAGUCGCGCGUCAGCAGCCCUAUCUCCCCCAACCGUAUGGGAGAGGAGCUGGCCAAUAUGGACGGCGUCGGGGUGGUGUCAGACGGCCAGCAGCAGCUCGGUGGAGGGAGGCAGCCUCAGCCCCACGAGGGCCUGGCAGGGGUCGACUCUUCAGGGGGGGUGAUGCCCCUCCACGGACCCCCCGUCCUGGAACUGCCCGUGGUGAUGGAGCCGGAUCACAUGGGGGGGGAGGGGGCCGGGGGACUAGGGGAGCAGCUCCACACGAACGGGGAACUGAACUCGGGCGUGGUGAGCGUGGUGCUCACGGGGUCCAUGGCCAGCCAGGGCCAGAUGGAGCAGGUGUCCCUCCACGGUCACGCUGGGAUGGGACUGGAGGGGGUUAACGUGUCUCCCAUCACUGCAGAGGUGUCUCUGGGGCCUGAGAACCACCUGGUGCUGGGUGCACCCUCUGUGAGCGGUCAUACACCUCAGACUGCCCAGAACACGGCCCGGACCUGCUUUGGACCAAUGGUGGGCCAGCACUGCAGCAACGUGGAUCUCUCCGAUUGGCCAGAGAAGGAAACCCCUCAGAUAUGGAAGAUGUAUCACAACAACGUGCUGGAGUUCUACAUCGUGACAACAGAUGAGAACGAAUGCAACUGGAUGAUGUUUGUCCGCAAGGCAAGGACCCACGAGGAGCAGAAUCUGGUGCCGGAGGGCCAGAUGUGCCAGUGUGGCAAAGAGUGCUCGUCUUUUUCUGAGCUCAAGUCUCACCUGAGCAGCCACAACAGCAGCCGGGGCCACACCCAGCCCCCCCACGGCCACAGCCCCCCCCACCAGGACCCCACUCAGCAGCCCCCGCCCCCCCCGCCACCGCCGCCACGGCAACAGGAGCAGCAGCAGCCGAACAUCCACCCGGGGGAGAAACUGGCCAAUGGCGGGUCCAGCUCGUCCUCCUCCCCCUGGCCCCUGAACGGCCACCAGGACGGGGGGGCCCGGAGCUCCUCCAGGGCCAAAGGCCAAACCAACGUCCGGGAGAAGAAGUUCAAGUGCAGCAUGUGCUCCCGGGCCUUCAUCACCUCCACCAAGCUCAACGUGCACUUCAUGGGACACGUGGGCAUGAAGCCCCACAAGUGCUCGGUCUGUGAGAAGUCGUUCACCCAGAAGUCUCACGUGGCCUCGCACAUGCUCAUCCACACCGGGGCCGAGAAGCUGAAGUGCGACCUGUGCGAGCGGGCCUUCUUCAGGAAACACGACCUGAAGCAGCACAUGUUCUCCCACACACACGAGCGCAGGAUCCAGUGCCCAAAGUGCAACAAACACUUCCUGAAAACCAACCACUUGAAGAAGCACAUGAACUCCCACGAAGGCCGAAGAGACUUUGUCUGCGAGAAGUGCCACAAAGCGUUCCUCACCAAGUACCACCUCACGCGCCACCUCAAGAUCUGCAAAGGCCCCAAGACAGAGAGGCCGGGGAGUAAGGAGCAGGACGUGGAUGAGGAGGAAGAGGAGGAUGAAAGCAGAGGGAGGAGUAGGAGAAGAAGAGGAGAAAGACUUGUGGAUACAGCCAGCGAAGAAGACUGUGGAUUAGACGUGGGAGGAUAUAACUCUGACAAAUCCCUGUCUCCGCCUCAUUGAAAACUGUGCCUCUUAAGAUUUUUAUUUAUUUACUGGUCAUGUUUACCUCUUUUAUCUGCCAAAUAUCGCCAUAAGGAAUCCAAAUUCUAAAUAUCUCACGAGAUCUCUGUUUGACUUUCUGUAUUUGUUGCCUCUUUAUUUCAGCUUUGGUGGGUUAUGUGAAAUUUCAAUAACUCUUUGCCUCAAAAAGGGGCAGGUCUUCUUUUGUUUUUGCACAAUAAUGUCAAAUACGAAUUCUGAGCUGAAAGGUUCAAAGCUGAAGUCUUUAUACUUUUUCAUCUUAAGAAUAUGGGCAUUAAAGUAAUGACUGACUAUGAACUCUUAACCGAACUGUUGAUUGUUUUAAUAAAUAAACAGGAAACAGAAU